AAAGUUGGUAUGCUAAGUGAAAACACGGUUGGAAUAGGGAUGUAAUGGACAUAGAUUUGCAUCGAUUUUCCGCCAUCGAUUCGUUUCUUCUUUUUUUUUUGUUUUAUUUUUCUCUCUUUAUUUUCUAUUCCACGCUUUGAGCAAGAAUUUUUAUUUAAUUCGGAACAGUAGAAUAGAAAAAAGACCGUUGUUUCUCCGUGAAAAUAAGAGUUCGUUUUAUACUUCUUGCAAUGCCCUCGCUUCGGAGUUUCGAAUUUUAUUUUUUAUCUCUCGAGAGAAUUAUAGAGUUUCCAAAGUUAGAAUAAAAUAAUAUAAAAUAGAAUACUGGUGAAUUAUAUUUUUUUCUAGUUCACAUUUUCGACAAGACGUUGGUUCGUCGAAACGUUUCUAUUUCGUGCUUCCGUGAAAAUAAAAUUUUAUUAUAUACUUCUUGCCCCUUUUUAUAUUUUAUUUUUCUAUCUCGUGUUUCUUCGACCAAUUGACACGAAUCUCACUUUCUCGCGUUCUUGAUCCGUCGAUAACAAUUGGACGCGCAUCGAGAUCUUAAAUUGCAGAGGAUAUCGGGAUAAUUGUGAACGAGCGGAACAAGUAGCCAAGUCGGGAUCGAGUCCGCUCGCCGACAUUCUUCGAGUAUGGAGAUUAAUGGUGGGCAUUAGAAGGGUGCACGUGGGUGUUCGUCAAAACGAACGGUUUCUGCGACGUGGAAGCCGCUUCCACCGCGCGUAUAACAAGUGGUCGGGCAUUGGCGUAGGUGCAAUCGUUUCACGCUUGACGGCCGUCAAAGCUGGUAGAACGCGUUUCCGAUUUCAUCCGCGAUUAAAACUUUAUUUAUGCUAAUCGAGGAGCCACGCUCAAUUAUCCCGUUAUCGAUCGAUCAACGUCCAUCGCCACGUUCGAAUUUACGAACGAUUUUAACGAACGAUUGUUUUUUCGAUUCGAGAAUAUUCGAUUUUUCCUUUCUUCUUCUUCUUUUCUUUUUCUCCUUCGAAAAAUCUAAAUCAUCGUCAUCUGAAAACUCGUCGAAUCACCGAAGCGCGUAAAUCUACUUUUUCACGUUAAGAAAGAUAAAUUAUUCCGAUUAUAUUUCAUGGAAUUACACGGUCUCCGAGUUUCAAGUUUUCUUUUUCCUUUCGUUCUUUAUUUCUUUUUUCUCUAUACAGUGGAUUAAAUAGACGAAACUUAUUUAACAUUCACUCGUGCUUUUCACAAACUUCCUCUCUGGAAAUAUAAUACCACUUUCUUUCCUCUUCUGCGAGGCCGCAAUGGAGAGGACGUUCUUAAAGUUUCGUCAGGGAUUUCUAAAUACGCAGACACAACUCUUGCAUAAUUUCACUCGCAUUAAGCUUCUGGAAUACAGGCGUCAGAAGAUAUACAGUGCAAAAGAGUGCUCAUCGUGUGACCAUCAUAAAAUUCGAAAGAAAUAAAUUCCAGUUUGAUUAAUAAAAAAAAAUUUUCCUCUAAGCCACGAUGCAGGAACGAACAAUAUUAGAUACACGAAUAGCGUGGUGAUUUGGACACUAAAGUGCGAGUCUGAAACCGAUCUGGAUCGCAUAAAAUUACAUAUACUCUCGAUUUCGAGGCAAUGAUCUUGCAGAAAAAUGCGUAUUCCGGUACCAACGAUGGGGAAAAUUUAAUUGAUCGAAGUUACGAAUGACAAGUUAAUUCGAAAUAAUUUAUUCGAAAUUUAAAUUGUAUUAUUUGUGAUAAUAAUAAUAGGAAAUAAUUGUAAUAAUAGAUUAUACGGCAGAAUCGGAUCGACCACAAGUAAAAAUUUUUUGUUCGAAAUUUUUAACCAGUCACUUUUUCCACUUGGAUUAAUGCCCAACUCUGAAAUGAUCGAUUUCUCUCAGAAAGACUAACUCUCUCUCUCUCUCUCUCUCUCUCGAAAGGGAAUCGCAACGAUGAUAUAUCAUCGAGCCAAUCUUCGAACACCGUGUUCCGAUUUCACGGUAUAUUACCGUACAGUAAUACCAAGUAUUUCCGUUCCGUUGCGUUAAACAUUCCGACGAUGAAAAUAACAACGAAGAGAUCAGAUUUUGAUCUGGUCGAGCUCUGCCUGUAUUUCUAGAUAGACGCGAAAGAAAAAUGAUGAUUUAUUAUAUGUACGUAGCAGGAACGUGUUACCAAUCAGCAGAAAGAAUUUUAUAAUUACUUUAUAAUUACUUGAGCGGGUUCGAAAAGCAUCGUCAAGAUUCUGAUUUAUUAUCGUGGCGUAUUUUUAUUUAUUGGAUCUCGUUAGAAAUGGAGAUUCCAAUUUUAUUGUAAGGGAUUAAAUGCGUAUGAAAAAAGGAUGGAGUGAUAAAAGGGAGUUGCAGUUCUUAAUAAACAACGUGACGAGGAUGGAACGUUCGAAUUCGGCGAAAGCGUUGCUUCUCCUCGCGUUGCUCGUGGGGCAACCAGCUUCGACUACUGUUUCAACGGAUCGAGCGAGGAAUGUGUCUGAAAGGUUUACGUCCACCACUACACUGACGGUGAAUAUCAGGGACGACGAUGAUCAAGAUCCUUCGUUCAUCUACCAAGGCUGCAUGCUGUUGGACGGCGCGUGCAUUAAUCCGGAAUAUUCAGCGUCGGUAUCGAGCGGAGUGUUAUCCGGGAUACUUAAUAUAUCGCCGGAGAAAAUACAAGCCGUUGAUAUGGACAGCAUAAACGCACCCAUCCAUUACUCGUUCCUCAGUGGCAAUCCACCGAAUUAUCGGGAAUUUUUCGAAAUAAACCCGAACACAGGCGCCGUGAAGCAAAUCAAGGCGGUCGACACCACGGUUACCAAGAGGUUCGAUAUUAUCAUCAAGGCUGUUGAGGUGUCAGAAGCGAAACGAUCGGCCACAGCCAAAUUGACGAUUACAGUGAAGCCCGUGGACAGCAACCCUCCUAUUAUAACGGCGUCGAGCAUAGAGGGAUUCGUGGACGAGAAUGCUCCGAUCGGGACGAAGGUUAUCGACAAGGAUGGCGAUCCUAUAGUGCUCACCGUUUCGGACGCCGAUCUGGGGCCCGACGACCCGAAGCCAGCUUACUCCUUCGAGUUGACCACGAAUUUCUUCGCGAUCGAUCCAUCAGGGAUGCUGGUCGUGAACGAGGAGAAUUUGGACCGCGAUCCUCCGAGCCCCGGCCGCUUCCGGUUUCAAGUGGUCGCCAGAGAAAAAACGGGUGUCGCCGCUUCUGCGCCAUUGUCCUUCGUUGUGAUAUUGAACGACGUUAACGACAAUGCACCCAUGCUCCCCAUGAUACCGCCUAUCACCGUCCAAGCUGGGGAAACGAAGAAAGUGGUAACGAAGGUGGAGGCUACGGACAACGACGAGGGGGAGAACGCGGAGAUAACGUACAGCAUUUACCACGUGUCGAACAACGGAUUGCAUAAAUUCAAAAUCGAGCCGAGGACGGGCGUGAUAGAAUCCGUGAGGAAGUUGAACGCCGGCGAGCAGUUCAGCAUCACGGUCCAGGCGACCGACAAGGGUGGAAAAUAUUCGCAGACGAUCGUCGAGGUGAACGUGAUCCCCGGGCCCAACACGAGGAGCCCCGUUUUCCAGCAACCGGUGUACGAGGUGCAAGUGAGCGAGGGAGCCUCCAUCAAUUCCACGGUCGCGACCAUCACUGCAGUCGAUCCAGAAAACGAUCCAGUUUCAUACUCGAUCGUCUCGGGGAACGAUCUGCGCCAAUUUGCAAUCGGCGACAAAUCGGGCGUGAUCACCGUCAUAAGGAAGUUGGACAGGGAGGACCUGACCCGUUAUCAACUGCUGAUAAAAGCGGAGGAUUCGGGCGGCCUGUUCAGCACGGCGACGGUGAACAUCAAAGUGACGGACAUAAACGACAAGAAUCCGGAAUUCGUCGGCCUGCCCUACGAAUUCUCGGUGAAGGAGGGCGAGGCCAGGAAAUUGAUCGGCCGCGUGCACGCGGAGGACGCGGACGAGGGGAUAAACGCCGAAAUAACGUAUUUCGCCCCCGACGAUAUCCCGUUCACGGUCGAUCCUGAAACCGGGGACGUGCUGACCAAGAUCGUGCUCGAUUAUGAGCAGAACGACGAAUACAAAUUUGUGGUGACCGCGAGGGACGGUGCUCCUGAUUAUCGUUUAGCAACCGCAACAGUGACGGUGAAAGUUAUAGACGUGGAGGACGAGGUUCCCGUUUUCCAUCAGAGCAGCUACGAGGCACGAGUCAAGGAGAAUAUACCGGAUUACACGGUGCUUCAAGUAACGGCCGAUGAUCCGGAUACAAAGAAGCAGAUCACGUACAUGAUCAAGCAAGGGGAUACCGAACUGUUCGCCAUAGACCAGAGGACGGGAGUGAUAAAAACGACCCGUGGUUUGGACUACGAGAGGGAGAACCAACACAUCCUUAUAAUCGGCACCGUGGAGAACACGAGCGAUCUGCCUGGCUCCACCACGAGAGUCGUGGUCAACGUCCAGGAUGUUAACGACAUCCCGCCAGUGUUCACGUCAGUUCCUCGCCCGAUUACGCUAGACGACGACAUUCCCAUUGGCACAACGGUCAUUAAUCUUAUAGCGACGGAUUCGGAUGGUACUGCACCCGGAAAUCAGGUAAGAUACGAAAUCGUGGGACGCGGAAUAGCCAACAAAUAUUUUAUGAUCGAUCCGGACACCGGUGUGCUCAGAGUAAGAGACGAUUUGCGGAAAGAAACCGACACCGAGUAUCAGGUCGACGUGCGGGCGUACGACAUGGGUGAGCCUCAAUUAUCCUCGGUGACUACGGUGCCCGUUUACGUUCGCCAUGUUGCCACUGUGCCUCCGGAAAUUGGGUUAGGAUUCGCGGAAAACUCGUACAACGUGGAGGUGCCGGAGGACGCGGGCGACAACACUCUUAUCAAGAUAAUCACCAUUAUAAACAGCCACGCUCACGACACGACGCCAUUGAAAUGCGAGAUUUACAGCGGGAACGAGGACGAUUUGUUCGAGGCUGGCGUCACGGAGGAGAGGAAUUGCGCCCUAAAAUUGAAGAAAGGCGCUUUGGAUUACGAAACGACGGAAUCUUAUCAAGUGAAGAUCAAGCUCGAGUCUCUGUCGGGCCUGUUGAAUUCCGGCAGGAAUACGACCAUGGUGAAGAUUCAAGUGUUGGACGUGAACGACAACAAGCCAGAAUUCAUCUUCCCCGAAAACGACCCAAAAUUGUCGAGGGGGCGUUACUUCGCCGCGAUUCCGCGGUCGGCGCAAUUCGGUUCGACGGUGAUCCAGGUGAAAGCCCACGACAAGGACAACGGAAAGUACGGGAAGCUCGAGUACAGGAUACUGGGCGGGCGAGGGUCGGAUUACUUCGCGAUGGACACGUCUUCGGGCAUAAUCAGAACGACCGCGACCUUCGACCACGUCGACCCGGCCGAGCUUCCCUUCAAAUUCGACGUUCGAGUCCGGGAUAAUCCCAACUCGACCGACAACUUCAACUCCAUCGUCGCCCCUGUUAUAGUGAAUCUCAUAGGCGAGGAGAAUCUGAUGAUACUCGUGGUCCAGGACGCGUCGCCCGACUCGUUGCAGAAGGAGGCGUCCAAGAUUGCGGGCAUCAUCGAGGAGAAGAGCGAGCUACUGGUCGGGAUAGACAGGAUAGCCGUGAGGAAGAAUUUGACGAAGAAUGGGACUAUCGAGAUGUAUCCUCAGGAUUCGGACGUGUGGUUCUACGCGAUCGAUCCGGACACCGAGGCUAUUUUGGACAGGAACAGCUCGAGGAUACAAAGAUCGAUAUUCGACAAGACGGCCAUGUCGAACAUCACUUUCGACGUGUCGACGCUGGUUCGAGCCAAUGCGAUAGACAUCCACGCGCCAGUGAUGCCGCCCGAGCCAAUACGCACUCAGACCGCCAUUGCUUUCAGCGGCGAGGUGUUCCCAUACGCGUUGAUCAUCAUCGCUUGCGUCAUACUGAUUCUAGGCGUUGCUGGUAUAGUCUACAUUUGCGUAUCCUGGUCCAGAUACAAAGCGUAUAAGGAACGGAUGCAGCGAAUGUACGUGGUGCCCCGUUACGAUCCCGUGUACGUGGAGCCCAAUUUGAAGGAGUACGAGACGCAGGUGCUUCAAAUGAGCGUGCCCGUUGACGACAACGACAGUUACAACGACCUUCAGCUCGAUUUCAGCAAUAAGAAUCACGCGUUCAGCCUGGACAACGUCAGCUAUAUUACCAAAGAUCACGGAGAGAGUACCGGUCAACAGAGCCCUGUGAGCUCGGAGGCGGCGACAACGGCGCGCGCCUCGAGCAUAGCGGGGACCCACGCGGAUACGAACAUCCACUCGUUGCGGCGAUCCACUCUUGGAAGAAAGAACAACGGCGGCAACGCGAACACCACGCUCAACAACCACGACGCGACGCCUGUCCUCAACCCGCUCUACAACCACGGCAACGACUCGCUGCUCAGCCCGAGCCCAUCCAACGACAACGUGACGUUCAGGGAGAAAAGGGACUAUUCCCAUCUGGGAUUCACGUAUCUGGGCGAGCAGAGCCCGGUCGAAACCACCACCGAGCUGUAAAUCAACUCGCUUGUUUCCAACGCGCUAUUUCUCUCCCUCCUCCCUUCCGUUUCGACCAUCCUUCCCUCGAUGUACGCCUCGGAGAGAGGAAAAUUUAUUCGAGAUUUUUUUUACUGGAAUUCUCUCUCUGAAUGAGAACACUUUGAGAGGGGAGAGCGCUUUUUAUUAUCGAGAUUAAUUUCGGGAGGGGGAGGAAACGUGUGUAACGUUGCUAGGUUUUUAGGCACGAGUUUGAAAGCCGACGGAUGCCAACGGUUCGUUUUCUUUCGAAGCGCGCGCGAGAGAAUUUGUUCCGCACGGCGUGCUUUCAAUCGCGACGAGCAUUGUGCGCGACGAACAGAGAGGCGGCGGUGGCGCUACUUGUACUCGGGGAAACGAGGUCGCGAGGGAGGAGGAGGGAAAGAAGCGAGCGAGGCCCCCACUCUCUUUCCCUCUGAAGGAGAAGCUUUCGACGAGAAGGCUAUUUGAAAGGGGAGGGCGAACAAUUCCUCUUGAUAUUUGAGAAAAAUUGUUAUUCGCCGUGUUUGCUCGGACCGUUCGGGGUCCGCCACGACUGUACAACGAAAUUCUGCCAUCGAACGAACCAAUUUUUAAUGUGAUUUUUUUUCUCUCGACGCCUGGAUAUUCAAACGAUUUUGUUCGUCGAGAUCGAGCGUCCUUGUUUAAAAGAGAAGGUGAAAAAGGAAAAAAAACAAUCGUUCGUGUUUCGAACGAGCUUCCUCGAUCUACGGAAACGUUGGGCAAUUUUUUCGAGGACCCGCUGCUGUGCAAUAGUUUCAUCGUCUCGUCCCUCUUAGCGACGAGAGACGAAUAUCAUUUUUUUUUCUUUCGCGGAAUUUUCGCACGCCACGCGUUGAUUUUUACUUGGAGAAUGUGCGGAUAAUAAAAUCAUGUAGCGAUUGCAACGAGUCGCAACGUACCGUCCACGCAACGUAGCUGUUAAGUAUAUUAAAUAACGUUAAUCGAUUUAUAAAAGAAAAAAAAAAAGGGAUAAAUGCGGUUUGAAUGCGAUCGUACGAAUGCGUGAUCCUGUGAAUAUACAUACGAAUGAUAGGCCCGUGAACUUAAAUAAUUGUAACGAGAGACCCCCCCCCCCCUAUUGUAAUACCCGUUGUAUAAUAAGAUCUUUUUUUUUAUUUAUAAUCGCGCGUUUGCUCAUUUUAUUAUUUUAUUAUUUUUUUUUAACGAGAUUCGACCAAUGGUAGGCAUAUCGUUGUUACGUGUAUGUUGUUACAAAAAAAGAUGAGAAGAUGUGUUCGACAAUUCACGCAUCCUGUGUCUCUUCGCUCUUCCGCUUGUUUGUUUUUUUUACUUCUUCAAGUUUCUUUUCUUUCAUUCGAAUAAUCGUGAUCGUCAACUCAUCGCCGUGAAGAAUGAUAUAUAUCCUGCGUGGAUCAGAUAUGAUAUAUUUUUGACGAACGUGCCGAAGUGUCUUCAAAGCGCUAAACUUUUCGCAGGUGUUUGACGAAUAGGGAUAAUAAUUGUAGCGUGAAACAUUCUGCGGAAUGCGUUUUCGAGUAUAUCGAUUCGAUCGGGAAAUAUUGUACUUAAAGUUUUUUUAGAUUAUUUUAAAAUUUUAAGAACGAGGUGGAGCAAAGAAUGGUUAAAUAGGAAAUCGCGAGACUUGAUCGGUUAAAUCUCUAGUCGUGCGGCGAACAUCCCGACUGUAUCAUAACAUAAAGAAUUUAUCUUUCGAUUUUAUUUAGGAAACGUUAAAAGGAAUUGGGAAAAAAGAACGAUCCGCAUCGUCAAUUCUUGGACUAGAGCGUCGAUCAUUUACGUAUAUAUACAUAUAUAUAUAGUUAUACACGUGUUGCGUGAAAUGACCGAAAUACGAAUGCUGUAAAAAAUUGUUAAUACUUUUAAUAAAUCUAUUAUAUUUACAUAAA